AUGAAAGAGAGAUGGACAGCACUCGGACGCCCAGACAGAGGGAACCGCCCCGGCUGCUCCGUCUCCCCCCCCCGGCUCCCCCCCCCGCGGCUGCUUUCUCCUCAGCCGCUGCGGCCGCUUUCUCCUCAGCCGCCGCCUCCUCAGCCGCCGGUGCCGCCGCGGCCGGACUCACCUCCCCUAGCAAAGCCGGAUAGAGAGGAGCCAGCGGCGGACACGCGCAACCAGCCGCCGAGGCCCCGCCCCCGCCUCACACUGACCGGUUGCCCUGGCCAAUCCACGCCCACCUGUCCGCGUCCGCCUCCAAUCCUGGGCCGGGAGCUUCAGACAGGCGCACUGUUCGACCAGUGGCAACAAGGUGUGGGUCUCCUGGGGAAAUCCCGCCCCCGAUCCGGGAUGGGCAGACAGAAAGGCCAAUCAGAAGGAGCAGGAAGCUGCGUGCUAAUCCCGCCUGCAAAAGCUGGAAGAGAGGGGAGGAAUGAAAGAGCCAAUCAUGAGCCAGGAACAAAGAACUGAGCAACCAAUCCUUGGGUUGAAGAUAAAGUAGGCUGGAACUGGGGCCAGAUAGACAUAUGAUUUGACAAAUGGGAAAAAAGAUUGGUUUAAGUCCCGCCUUUGAGAUCUGCUAUAGGGCAGGAUUGUGGGGAAUUUGCUGUCAUAUCGGAGACGAACUCCUCAAGGGGCGUGGCCAAAUAAAAGGGGUGUGGCCUAUCAGGGGGCGGGACCGAGCCUAGAGGGCGUAAUCCAAAUCAUCACUGGUCCAUUGAUAAGAGCUAUCUAGUUACUAUCCAUUGUAAGACGUAAGGUGUGGAAAGAUGAGAAGAGGUUUGGAAAAAAAAAAGGAACGUUGAGCCUCAGAAACUAAAUGUUCAAGGUUACCCAACAAGACAGGCAUAGAAGAAGCUCAGUAGACUGACAGUUCAUAGCCUGUGACUGGUCCAACAAGGUUAAUUUGAUCUUGACCAUAAAGAGGCGUUAUCUCCAGCAUUCAGAACUUCCUCUCAACAGAUGGUAAAGCUGUUGGUACGAAUUAAAACCAAAAAAUAAAAAUAAACUUAACCACAAAAAUAGUAAUUGUCUCCUAAAUUUUCUAAUCAAGUAAGUUCUAGUCAUUGAAAUCUUUCUAAAAUAAAUCAUCCUUUUACAUUAUUUCACUUAUCUGAAUUAACUCUUCUUUUAAAAUGUGAAAUAAUAGACUUAAGAAACCUUGUUGUUUUGGGGUUUUGGUCCUAGAGAUCAAACCCAGGGCCUGUCAUGCUAAGAAUAUGCUCUACCACUGAGCUGCACCCCAGCCAAAACCGUUUUUUGUUUUGUUUUGUUUUGUUUUUUACUAAAACUGUAAUCAGAAACCUGGAAAUCAUCUUUGAGUUUUCCCUACCUAUUCACUAUUCUUCCAAUCAAUCAUCAAAUCUUAAAUACUUCUAAAUAUCCCUCCUCCUUCCUCUCUCAUCACCACAGCAUUACCCAAAUUGACACCACUAACAUCUUUAAUACAUCUUGGCUACCCUCCUUUAAACCAUCUUUUGCUGAGGGGAAAGUAACAUUUUGAACUCUCAUCGUCCAGAAAGGAGGCUAAUGUUGAGGACGCUACUACCAGAACUUCCACUGCUUUGACCACAUUUCAAAUGUAUGGCCUUCCAGCCAAGAUGCUACAAUUUCAUGUUAUUGGAGCAUUCGUUGCUCCCUGGGGGUUUUAGCUUUAAGUGUGAACCAAAAAAGAAGGGAUGUGCAGAUCUCUACAGAAAUUAUGAUUCCAUCAAAGAGGAGAUGAAGAAGGUUGGUAUCUUUCAAAGUAAAAAGUGAUUUUAGAAUGUAAAGAAUUUCUUUCUAUUGCAUUUUGUAGAUGUUUGUCACUGACCUGUGUUCUUGAUCUAUGAAACAUAUGAGGUAAAGAACAGUUUUCUUGAUAACCAAUUAGCAAAUAAAUAAAUAAAUAAGAAGUAAAAAUAUAGUAGUACUCUCUUAUCUAGUUUUCACUUUCCAUCAAUUCCAGUUAUCCAUGAUCCACUUCAGACCAAAAAUAUUAAAUGGAAAAUUCAGAAAUAAACAAUUGUAAAUUACACAAUUUGUAAAUGGCACACCAGUCUGAGUGGUGGGAUGAAAUCUUAAGCCAUCCCACACUGUAUACUUGCUCUCUGUUUACUUAGUAGCCCUCUUAACUAUUAGACCAGUGGUCAACAUGCUUAAGUCAUUCUCCUCACAUCAUCUCAUCACCUUGGCAUCAUUUCAUCACAAAUCAUCAGAAGAAAAAGGGUGAGUAUAGUACAAUGAUAUAUUUUGAGGGAAAAAGACCAUGUUUGCAUAGCUUUUAUUACAGUAUAUACAACAUGCAGUUGAACAUCCCUAAUUUGAAAAAUCCAAAAUUGGAAAUCCUCCAAAAUCUGAAACUUUUUGAGGGCCAGUGUGAUGCCACAAUGAAAAUUUCCACUCCAACUUCAUAUAAGAGAUCAUAGUCAAAACACAGACACAGCUGGUGUGGUGCCCCACACCUGUAAUCCCAGAGGCUUGAGAGGUUGAGGCAGGAGGAUCACAAGUUCCAAAAAAUCUAUACUAUAUACUGUUCCAAAAUCAACCAAAAAAUGGUCCUUUGUUUUAGACAAAAUGCUUCUGGUCCCAACAUUUUGGAUAAGGGAUAUUCAACCUGUAUUUGUCCUAUUUAAUAACUACUCAUAACUAGUUAUUGUUAUUAA